ACAGUACUUCUCUAUUUUUGAGGGAAAAACCCCUAUAAAAGAAAACCAUCCCCUUGUGAUUAUGGUAAAAUGCAAAAGAAAAGAACUGCUAUACCACCCUUUAGUAUCGGCCUAUCUUAAACGGACAUGGAAACCAACAGGUAUUAUCGCUAUAAGUGCGUACUUUACAUUGUAUGCUGUUUUUCUGGCACUGCUAACUGGCUUCACAUUGUCACUUAAAGCACCAUAUCAGUUUAAUAGAAAUUCGUCAUCAAACACAUCUAACUGUACAGAUACUGUUGACCAUAUUCCUGCAUUUGCGUCAAAAGCAAAAUAUGCACUCCAUGUGCUGGCUCCAAUAGAGAUUAUUAUCGAGUACUGUGCAUAA